AUGCACAAGCACCCCAACAAGGCGUUCAUUCUUGGUGUUGGCCCUGGAUUUUUCAACUGGUCCAGUACAGAGGAGGAGGCCUACGCCGAGCGUCCGGAACUGCUCCAGGUAGAGAACCCUCAGAUGAGAGAUACUUCCGUCGCCAAUGGCCCUACGGGACCGACGUGGAUGAUUGUGCGGUACCAGGUUGUUAACCCGGGUCCCUUCCUUUUCCACUGCCACAUUGAAACACAAAUGUCCAAUGCUGGGGAAGACAAAAGCCCCGGUGCUCAGGUUAAACUUGCUGGCCAGGGUCCUCCUGAUCAAAGCGGCUCAUCUUUCAAGCCUCACCCUAACAUGCCAAUUCCUGGUGGAAAGCCUACGUGGCCUCCCGCACCUGAACGUAUGCCCGCUAGUCCACCUAUGUCGGACUGUCCUCCCCAUCACGAGUAG